AUAGUAUAAAAGGAGGUUGUACUUUGGCUCUAUGAACCGUUUAGUAUACAAUUCAAAAAACCACACUCGAAGAGAAAAUAAGGGUGAUUUCAGAGGGAAGAAAAAUACGGAGUACAUUACUUCCAAUUGAAAAAUAAAUUAUUUUUUUUUUUUUAAAAAAAAAGAUAAUGGCCUCUUCCACACUUUUCACCCCCCUUCAAGUCGGGCGCAUGCAACUCGCCCACCGCAUCACCAUGGCCCCGUUAACCCGCUUCCGAAACGAUGACGACCAUGUGCCUCUCCCCAUAGUAAAAGAGCACUACGAACAGCGUGGCUCCGUCCCCGGUACUCUCCUCAUCACGGAAGCGACCCUCAUUUCUCCUCGUGCAGGCGGUUACCCCAAUGUUCCCGGGAUCUGGAGCGAGGCCCAGAUCGCCGCAUGGCGCACCGUCACCGACGCCGUGCACGCCAAGGGCUCCUACAUAUUCAUGCAGCUCUGGGCGUUGGGCCGUGUCGCCAACCCGGCCAACCUGAAGAAGGACGGCUACGACCUCGUCUCCAGUAGUGCCGUACCUGCGACCCCCGAGGGCCCUGCUCCCCGGGCAUUGACCGAGGAUGAGAUCCGCGACUAUAUCCGCGACUACGCGCAGGCCGCGAAGAAUGCCAUUGCGGCUGGGUUCGACGGAGUCGAGAUCCACGGCGCGAACGGGUACCUGAUUGAUCAGUUUACGCAGGAUACGGCCAAUCAGCGCACAGAUAGCUGGGGCGGCAGCGUUGAGAACCGCGCCCGGUUUGCGCUGGAGGUCACCCAGGCUGUGUCGGAGGCCAUUGGCGCCGAGAGGACGGGCAUUCGUUUCAGUCCCUUCAGUACCUUCCAGGGGAUGCGCAUGGCGGACCCCGUCCCGCAGUUUGAGUAUCUGGCGCGGAAGACGAAGGAGUUUAAGCUGGCUUACGUGCAUCUGGUUGAGCCUCGCAUUGCGGGUAACACCGAGGUUGAUGGGCCCAGUGCAGACUCGUUGGACUUCUUUUUCCGCGCUUACGAGAAGGCUGGUCCUGUCAUCGUGGCCGGUGGGUAUAAGGCUGAGUCGGCCAAGGAGGCUGUUGACUCUCACUACAAGGAUUAUGAUACCCUGGUUGCUAUGGGACGGCCCUUUACCUCGAACCCGGAUUUGCCUUUCAAGGUCAAGGCAGGUAUUCCCCUGAGGGCCUAUGAGAGGGAGAAGUUCUACCUGGUUAAGGAUCCUAUUGGAUACACUGAUUAUGAGUUUAGCGAGGAGUUCAUCAAGUCUGUGCAGGUUGCUGCUUGAUUUCUUUUUCUUCCUGGUUUUUGAUGUUUACUUGGAUUGCAUUGCAUUGCGUUGCCUUGCAUUAUCAGGCGUUUUGGGGCUAGCAUAGAAGAUAUUGACUAUAGAUGAGAUUUGUACAUACAUAAACUAUCAUUGGAUAUAAAACCAUUAUUCAUAUUUGAUCAUGAUUGGGGUUUGCUCUCGGUAGAAACUGCAAUAGAUGUGUCCAUUAUCUAUGGUCAUAGGCCAGUGGCCCCAGUUUGCAUCAUAAUGCAAUUAAGCAGAAGAUGAAGUACUCGCUUACAUGAUGCUGUCCUGUAAAGAAGCGCCGAAGGUCUACCAUGCAGUUGAAUCAUCGAUAG